UAGAGCCAUCCGGCUCCUCUCACAAUGUUCAGUUUCUGGAAUCAUUGAAUCUUUAAAUUUCUAAGAUUCAUUCAAGAUGAAUUUUUAAUGAUUCUUAUAUUUGUACAUACCAUUUUUCAAUGAGAGUUAAAUCUCAUAAUGAAUAUAGGAUUUGUAGUAACAAAAGAAAUCAUUGUCCAGAUUACAAUUUGUAGGUUAAAUUAUAAAUCGAAAUACAAAUAAUGCUCCAUUUUUUUGCGUAUGAUAAAUAAAUAUUACAAUUUAAAUAAAAUUUGAAAAAGAUAUUAUUACUAGAAAAUAAAAUUAACUUCUCGAAUGUAACUACUGACACGUGACAGUGUCGUAAUAAAAGAUAUAAUAAAAGACAUUACGUUUAUUUUACGAUAUAUCAUUCACGUGAUAAGAAAAGUUGUGUAGCUAUUAUAAAACUUAAAAGAGUAGUUUAUUUAUACAACAAUUUUAUUACUUUCGUAGAAUAAUCGCACACAUUCAAUUAACAACGAAUUAAUCAAAUCGAACAACAAAAUUAACUUGCUGUAUUUCCUCUAUCUCCGUAGUAACGACAAUUAUUAGAAGUUUUCGAUAUUUGAUCGAAAAUAUCUGCUAUAUUGACGCACGAUAUGAAGAGUGCAACGAUGUACGAUCGAACACAUAUUUAAAAAAAGAAAUAAUUGAGUUGAAAAAACGUUUAUAAAUUAACUCUUUUGUAUGAAAUACUAAUUAAAUAUAAAAAUAUAUAUUUAUACAAUAAUACAACAAAGAGAUCGUUAUAUUUGCUUUGUAGAUCGCGCCAUCUUUGUUACCUAUCGAUAUGGCAGGAAUUAUCGAUUCGCGAUAAAUAAUGAUCGAUAGCGACAUCUUGUGACAGGAAAGUUUUGCCUAAAUUUAUACAAAAAUAUAUUUUAUAUUACAAAACAUUUAAAUACAUUGUGUCUAUAUAUUGAUGGAUACACACUGAUGGAUACAAAUGACGAAGGCAGGCCUUCUACGUUUACGCUUGUGGUACAUGGAAAAGAAGCGUUCUUUCACGCGGAUCAAAGGAGGACUUUAAAGAUCAAGAAACUUGCAAAUUGUUUGAAAAGGAUGACUGCGCUCGAUAAUACUUUGAAAGGACUUGGUUUUCAAACGGAAUAUAAAAAUGUACGAAUAUUAAUGAUAUUCGUCGUUAUAGGAUGGCUCGUAACAAUUGUUUUAUUGAACCUUUCCGAACUUUUCUUACAUAUAAAAGUAAUCGAUAUGUCGAAAAUUAUUACUACAUGCUUAAUUAAUCAGCCCAUUCAUAACAACACGAUUUUGGAUCUUAUAUUCAUCAUUCUUUUAUUAUAUGAAAGAACUAGAUUCUGUAAAUUAAAUGAAUAUAUAACUCAACGUUGUAAGAUAUGUAACCAUCGCUCUACGAAAAUAAUGCCUGAAGAGAUUACGACAAGUACAACAAAUUAUUCUAAUGCAAUAAAUAUUAACGAAGGAUUACGAGGAAAUGGAGUUACAAACGAUUUCAAGAGUUUCGAUAUAUGGAUAACAAUGCAUAUUCAUAUGGAAUUGAGUACGAUAUGUAAUGAUUUGAAUACAAUAUUUGGAGCAGCAAUACUUUUAGAGAUGAUAUCUUUCUUUAUUUGCGAAAUAGGCUUAAUUUGCGAAUUGUAUUAUGCAUUUACUAAUUUACAUACUUGGGAAUCGGAUAGGAUAAAGAAUGUCUUAGAUAUUGUUAUAUGGAGUACAUUUUAUAUAAUCAAAUUACUCUCGAUUAACUAUAUAUGCGAGAUAGUUAAGGCUGAGGCAAAUAGGACGCAAGUACUUAUUCAGAAAGUAAUGGAUUCCUUUCAUAUUACAAUACGCGAAGAGGUUUUUCAAUUCAUAUCCGAAAUGACUUAUAAGCGAUUGAAAUUUUCUGCAUUUGGUUUUUACGAAUAUGGUUACAAAUUUAUUCAACAGUUUUUUAAAGGUAUUACAACCUUUCUGAUAAUCUUAUUACAAAUGGAAACUUCACCUGAGAUUCCUAAUGACAUUACAACUUCAUCAACAUUAACAACAAUAGAAUCUAAUCUAUACAAUAGAUCAAUGUAAAAAUAUAAAGAUUAAUAGAAUAAAUAAUCUGUAAUUAUCAAAUGUAAAGGUACAAGUUUGGCAUAUUGAAAAUAGAUAUAACUGUAUUUAGUUUCAUUUUUUUUUGUUUUCAAAGAUUACAUUUCUUAAUAAAAUAAUGAUAAUUAUAAGUAUUACAUAUUACUUAAAUUCAUUGAUUCAAAUCUACCUUUUUUCUGGUAAUGUUUUAUUCUGUUUUCUAAACUUUCUGCAAAAAUUAUAUAACAUACAAUAUUAUAUGACAUUAAAAUCACAAAAUAUUAAAUAAUAACAAUAUAUAAACUACUCACCACAAGUUACUCUUUUCAUUAAAGGUUGAUAAACUUUUGAAUGCACACCAAGAAGUAAACAAUCAUUUUGAAAUGUUGUAUCUGUACAAUUUUGUAAACUUUCUAAAUCCAUUAACAUAUCUUUGAUCAUAGCUGAUCUGUUUAAAUUCAAAUAUUAAAUUACAAUAAGCAAAAAUCGUUUCAUUCUAGUAAUAAAUACAUACUUUACAGUGUUUAUCGACCAGUCCUGUUGUAAAAUUUUUAUAACCUUUAUUAAUUCAUCUUCAUCAUAGAACCAUUUGAUAUUUUCAUAUUCCGAGUGAUAAAGAUUUAAAGGAAUUUCACAAGCUAGAUUGUAUUGAGGUUUACAUGGAUAGCUAUCGAUAUCAAGUAAGUUUAAAAUAAUUUCUGGUUUUUCUUUUUCUUGACCAACUAGUAAUAAUACUCCCAUUAAACAACGUAUUUGAUGCCAAAGAAAAGCUUGACUUGUUAUUUUUAAUUCACACAGAUCGUAUCCUAUUAAAAUAAAUAUGAAAUUAAAAAUUUAAUUACUUUCUUCUAAGGUAAUGUUUUAGAUAAUUAUCAUGACAAAGUUAUAUUUUAAAUAUAUUAUUAGAUUACCUGAAUUAUUUGUAUAAUCAUUUUGUUUUACAGAAACUGUAGCAUCAAUUAUUCUUCUUUUAAAAUUUAUCACACCAUUGGCAACAUCCAUUUUACAAAUAUUUCGAAAAUCAUGCGUGCCUAUAGUAUAUUUAGCGGCUUUAUUCAUGGCAUCAAUAUUUAAUUUUCCUCUAGGAAAAAUAUAUUUAUAUGUCCUAUCUUUGCAAUUAAAUCUAGCAGAGAAAUCACUUGGAAUUGGACUCCAAGCUAUGCAUCUUAUAUUUUGAGGAAGUAAACGAUUUAAUAUUUUACAAUAUGAUAAUUCAUUUUGUAAAUCAUUUUGUUUCUCAGGUUUCAAUUUGCUACGUAUAUCUAAACUAAUUACUUGAGAGAAUGCACUGACACCUUUAUCUGUUCUACCACAACGAUGAUAAUUUGCUUUUUCACGAGAUUCUAUACAACAACUUUUUAUUAAAGCAGAAAAUAAAUGAUGUUCAAUAGUAUUAUUAUUUCCUUCUUGACAUGUAAAACCAUCAUAAUCCCAACCUAAAUAGUACAAUUUUAAUAAAAUAUGCCUUUUGUGAU